GUAAUUAAAGGCGUUGGUAGCCAUCUGCUUGAUAAACUUAAGCUGAUGGUUUCUGAAAUAGGACUAUUUUAAUCCGUGCAUACGCUGUGUAGACAUUGCUAGCUUAUAUAAGAGCAUAGGGCCAAACACGGUGCUGCACCUGCACAUUCAGAUCUCAGGUGAGAAUAUCUCCAGAGUUGGUUGAUCGGAGCAAGAGCGAGCUAACCGGCGACCGGAGGUAGGGAUGGCGAUCAGGAGCAUGACGGUGGCGACGACGACGCGGUCUCUGGACGGCGACAUGACGGUGGACGAGUUCAAGGAGUGGCUGAGGCGGUUCGAUGUCGACCGCGACGGGCGCAUCAGCCGCGACGAGCUGCGGCGCGCGAUGCGCGCCAUCCGGGCGCGGUUCACGGGGUGGAGGAGCAGGCAGGGCAUCAGCUACGCCGACGCGGACGGCGACGGCUACAUCGACGACGGCGAGGUGGACGGCCUCAUCGAGUACGCGCAGAAGAGCCUCGGCCUCAGGAUCGUCGCCUACUAGCUAGCUAAUCCAAGCCAUGGCUGCUAGCUCCUUUGCAGCUCGAUCGGCUGGCCGUUUGCGACCUAAAUAAUCUCCAUCUUGAUCGCUUGUCACUUCGUCUUGCUUUCUUGUACUUAAAUUAAUCAACUCAUGUACUGUGUGUGCUUGUGAUCUGCGCUGUAUUAUUAAUUGAUGUAUCACUGAUUGCUCUUUGAGAAAUCAAUUGACCCAUGUAUGUUCUUGAUCGACGGAAUAUAACUGGCGUUUAUGAACUUA